AAAAAACCCAUGUUGGGUGAGGAAGCUGUGGGCGGUCGGGAGCGCCGGAUCCUCAAGCUGAGAGUUCGAGUCCCACCUCGGUGGGAGAGAGCCGGCUCGCUGUGCUGGCCGGCGUCAGGACCUAGCUAGUUCCGCUGUGUACCUUCUUCCUUUCUGUCCCGAAUUGAGACGCUGGGGCAGGAGUAUUGCUGCGAGUUAAAGCCAGCUUGAGCUCGUAGUGAGUUCGAGCUCACUGUGGGAUACAUUAGGAAAAAGCUUGUCUCUAACAAGUGAGAAGGAAAGGCGCUGCGGGGGCCAACAAUUAGGACUCAUACCUACUGCGGUGUGUAUUAAUGGUCCUUUGCAUAUCUUACGAUUAAGGACAGAACACCGCAGAUCUUAACCAAGGUUAUUGAUACAUUGCAUCGACAUAAAAGUGAAUUUUUUGAAAAACAUGGAGAGGAAGGCAUUGAAGCUGAAAAGAAAGCCAUCUCUCUUCUUUCUAAAUUACGGAAUGAACUGCAGACAGACAAACCAAUCACCCCCUUGGUGGACAAGUGUGUUGACACCCACAUAUGGAAUCAAUACCUGGAGUAUCAGCGGAGCCUUUUAAAUGAAGGCGAUGGGGAGCCACGCUGGUUCUUCUCACCCUGGUUGUUUGUAGAGUGCUACAUGUAUCGGAGAAUUCAUGAAGCCAUCAUGCAGAGGUUCUGAAGGAAGUUCCCAAAGAGGAGCUGCAAAGUGCUUUGGCAAUGACAGCACCCUUGGAGUAGAGGUGUGGCUUCCCAACUCACUGCUGCUCAGAAGGAGCAGCAGCACCUGUCCGCCAAUCCAUGACUUCGACGUGUUUAAGGAAAGCAAAGAGGAGAACUUCUUCGAGUCGCAGGGCUCCAUCGAUGCUCUGUGUUCACACCUGCUGCAGCUGAAGCCCGUCAAAGGCCUCAGGGAAGAGCAGAUCCAGGAUGAGUUCUUUAAACUCCUGCAGAUUUCCCUCUGGGGGAAUAAGUGUGAUCUGUCUCUCUCAGGUGGAGAAAGUAGUUCUCAGAAGGCCAAUAUAAUAAAUUGUUUGCAAGACCUAAAGCCAUUCAUUUUGAUAAAUGACACAGAAUCUCUCUGGGCAUUGCUCAGUAAGUUAAAGAAAACAGUAGAAACGCCCGUAGUUAGAGUAGACAUUGUUCUGGAUAAUUCUGGCUUUGAACUGAUUACGGAUUUAGUAUUGGCGGACUUUUUAUUUUCCUCGGAGUUAGCUACUGAGAUUCAUUUCCAUGGGAAAAGCAUCCCAUGGUUUGUGUCUGACGUUACUGAGCAUGACUUUAAUUGGAUAGUUGAGCACAUGAAGAGCAGCAAUCUGGAGUCCAUGUCCACCUGUGGGGCCUGCUGGGAGGCCUAUGCUAGGAUGGGGAGGUGGGCUUACCACGACCAUGCAUUUUGGACUCUGCCUCAUCCAUAUUGUGUGAUGCCCCAGGUCGCCCCUGACUUAUACGCUGAACUGCAAAAGGCACAUCUUAUUUUAUUCAAGGGAGAUUUGAAUUAUAGGAAGCUGAUGGGUGACAGAAAAUGGAAGUUCACCUUUCCGUUCCAUCAGGCUCUGAGUGGCUUCCACCCUGCACCUCUCUGUAGCAUAAGGACAUUAAAGUGCGAGCUUCAGGUUGGUCUGCAGCCUGGGCAGGCGGAGCAGCUCACGGCCUCUGAUCCCCACUGGCUGACCACUGGCAGGUAUGGAAUAUUGCAGUUUGAUGGGCCACUUUGACGCCACUCAGGAGUUCCUGGUUGCAGAGAACAUUCUGAGUCUCCCUUCAGCCUCAGUGCAUGGAUUUAGGCCUGGCUUCUCCUCAGCGUGAGCAGCCCCUUUCCUCAGCUCCUGUGUAUCUUACGUACAGUAGACGAGGCUUCCUUGGAAUGGUUUGCCCCGCUGCAUUGGUUUGGGUUUAAGCUAGUUAUACUUCUGUCACUAUUCUAAGUUAAAUGCAAAACUUUCAAGUAGUUUUAAUGAACUAAUUUUUAAUUUCAAAGACUAUAAAAAAUGUAAGUGAAUUUUGCUUUAAAAGUUAAUUUAAAUGUUAGUUAAUCCUGUUUGUGUAAAGCGAAUGAUUGUUUACUAGCUAGGAACCUUAAGUGUUAUUGCACUUGGUUUGGCUCUUGAGUUAGUGGCCCAGUGAACACAUGCCUUGUACGAGCUCUCCCGGGAGGCGUGUGCAUGAUGCUUGAACACACAGAAUUACCUCAGACCUGAACUACAGCCUGCUCUCUUGCAUGCUUAAGUUUUCAAAGCCCAUUUUCUUGCAUAGAUUUGUAUUUUGAUUGGCCUGUGGAAUGGGUCAAAGCACAAACUGGACAUCGUAAAGAGUGACUGACGAAGUACGAGUACAGUGGUGUUUCAUUGUCCCUAUGGCUGCCAUGCUGAAGUCCCCGCCACAGUGAUGUCCAGAUGAGCCCAGCGUCAGUCUGCAGCAGCAGACUGUUGAGUGGAGGUGACUGUUAAGUGUUGUUUUAGACACUGCCAGGCUGAGCUCAGUCUCCAUCUCACACUGUGUGUCCCUCACCUCAGAUGUUGUGACAGUCCAUAAAUUCAGGGUACUUUGUUUCAAAACAAAUUGGAAAUAAAAUUGGAAAUGCUUUCUUAUACUGGAAUAAUAAAAUGGAUUUUACAGAGA